GAACGUUACUGCCAGUAGUUCGCCUUGACAACCGUUCACGUUCCUACUUUACGUGACAUUUCAGUGUCCGUUUGGCUUCUAUAACAACAACUUUAGGGGAAAUGGCCACAAUGUUGCUUCACUAAACUCGGGCGACGACGUCAGACCAACGACACAUGUUGCAGAUAACGUUGCAGCCAAACUAGACCGUUUGAAACUCAAAAGAAAAGGAUUGUCCUCAGGGUUAACGUUAGCUAAAGCUUUCUUCAUUGUAUCUCUGAGUUGUAACGGUGCCAAUGUUUGUCAGUUGACGCUGAGCUAAGCCCUCCGUACUUUUAUAGGUAUUACACAUACAACCGAAAAUAACAUGGAAAUAUGUUAGGGUUAGUUUAAAGUAAUGUCGGCUCGCUGCGUAUGAGCAUCGUGUGCUGAGAGCUAGAGACCGUGAUGACGUCAGAGUGCAGGGUGAACCUGAAUGAACCGGAAGCGGGGACACCCGGUGACCAGGGGGGUCCAUCCUCUGACCCCGUGACAUCUCCCAGCAGUGAAGCGUCUGGGCCUGACCUGCAAGGUCUUCUGCCGGCUGGUGCCCCGUCACCGGCAGACAUGAGCCCCUCGCUCUCGGCUGAGCCGAGUGGCUUGUUGUCCCUACCGUGGGAGAUGGUAACCCACAUCGCCUCACACCUUCCUGCUCAGUGUGUCAUCGCUGUGCUGCCGAAGGUCUGUCAUGCAUUGAGUAAUGUGGGUAAGGACAACACUGCUUGGCAGCUCCGGGCACGCAGGCUGAUAGGAUCACGUACUGGCUUCCCAGUGGGGCCAAGGGAGGACUUUGACUGGCCGUCUGCUUGCCUGGAGAUGGAGCAGCUGAUAACCUGCUGGACAUGUCAAGCGCGACUUAUGGCGAGACAGACCAAAGAGGACGAGGAGACGAGGGCGCAAGUUAGACUGCAGGGUCGGGAGCCUGAGGCAGACGAUCGAGAGGAUGAAGGGCUGGGAGCUGAAGCGCAGGAGGAUGCGUAUGAUGUUGAUGAAGGAAUGGAGGUGGCGAUGGAAGGUGACGAGGAUGAAAUGCAGCCCAUAGGAGGUGGGGACCUACUUGCAAGAUUAAGAGAGGAUUUGGAAGAAAGACUGGAGGAUGAUGCAGCAGCACUAAUGGCAGAAGAAAGGGACCACAGGAUGGUGUUUGGGGCUAAUUUGGGUCCAGCUGGUGCUCUUAAUCACCAAGAGAACUUGGCAGACCCCAGGAAUCUGGGUAAUAGAAGACCCGUAGAGAUGGAGCAACGCCAACCCCUCAGAAGUCCGAGCCCACCUCCACCGCUGGAAUGCACCACCCUUCCUUCGGACCACAUUGCCCCGGUCAACGCGGUCCUCCUCGUCGGGGGAGAGGGGGCAGUUUGUGCUACAGGCUCUAGAGAUUGGAACGUUAAACUGUGGGAUCUCCAGGCGGGCUCCGGUGGCACACUGCUGCACACAUUGGGAGGGCGGGGCGACUUCAGCUCCCAUCGGGGCUGGGUCUGGUGCCUGGCAUCUCAGGGACCUCUGUUGGCCUCGGGUGGCUUCGACAGCACCGUGAGGCUGUGGGACCUGCAGGCAGGUGGGGCAGAGAGAGGCCUGAUCAAGUCCGGGGCUGCUGUCCACUGCUUGUCGUUUCGGACGGAUGUAUUGCUGGCUGGUACAUUUGACAGGAGGAUCAGCAUGUAUGACACCAGAGCUGCUGAACCCCUGGUGAAAAGCCUCCGUCUCCAUGGUAACGCUGUCAUGUGCCUAGCUGCAGAUGACAAGUACAUCAUCUCUGGGAGUAAAGACUGCACCGUGGUCGUCUAUGACCGAAGGGCAGACAGGGGGUUGAAAAAACUUCGGCUGAGCUCUUACCUGCUGUCCAUGAGCUACAGUGGCUCUGAAAUUUGGGCGGGCGACCACAACGGCAUGCUCCACUCCUUUUCCAUGCAGGCGGGGACCUUAAAGCCUCUGUCCCAGUUUGAUGUGGGGCACACGGCUCUGCUCACGGGGAUCCACAGGUCCCCCGGAAGCCUCUACACCUGUUCCUCUGACCGUACUGUCAAGGUACAUAUCCCUAGUGCGCCUCCAAGGACAUUAUGCACACUGCGUCACCAAGCCGGAGUUAAUGGGCUGAGUGUGGAGGCUGGAGUCCUCGCUGUCGCCCCGGGGGACGUGUACGUGGAUGUCUGGAGGCCCAGAACAUGAAAGACCAGAAGCAUUUUUGAGUUUACAACAAUUGCAUCACGCGACGCUUUGCAGGCCGUCUGGUGAUAUCGAGACACGUGUUAGUAGCAGCGUAACAAGUCAACAGAAGAAGGUUUUUCAGUUGAGCCUUUUGUGGUAAAUAUAGCCAAACAAAUGCUUUUAUUUGCUGCACAAACAAACACAAAAGCUUUUUUAAAUAUCCAUUUACAUUUUUCGAAUUAAGCUGUGAUGCAAACAUCUUGGUGGAGUUGGGAAGAUUCGGGUCUCCUGUGUUGGUUUAGCAAAAAGCCCUCAAGCCUUUAUUUUGUAAUACCUUUUUAGAAUCUGUGGAGAUAUUCCUCUAAAAACUAAAAAAAACUAAUUGAACACAGGAAUUCGUUUACUCGUGAUGUUUGUUUGUCCUCUCCGUUUGUCUGACGUUUAUCUCCUCUUUUAAUUGUUUAAACAGUGAGCAAACUAGUUUAUAGUAUUCACAUGCUCGCAAAUUCACUGACUCCAUUACAGCAACAGACGUUGAGCCAAAAGCACGAGUUACUUCGUAUGUACAGUAACAUCUUUGUAUCGAAGCCCUCGGUGGCACACGAUUGUAUUUGUAAUGCUGUUUCUUUCAACUCUCCUCAGUGCGAAUCUGUGCGUGAAAACAUAUAACUAUUUAAUUGCUUGAAUUAAUUUAAUUAUGAUGCCCAACACUUGACAGAUGCCUAUAUUAAGAGACUUCUUCCCAAAGAAGAGGUCAUUGAAUAGCCUGAACACCAACUGUCUGAUUUAUCGUCCAGACCUGAGGGGAGUUAUGAUUGAACAGCGCUGUGCUCAAUGUUUGGACAAAGCUGCUAUUAAAAUGUCUUAAUUGUC